AUGGGAGGAAAGCAGGCGGAACACAAUUGCAUUUGGAACUACGAGGGCGACAACAAGGAGGACUUCCUUGACGAUUACACGCGGCAGUUCCAGGUCAAGUGCUCGAAGAAGAUCACAUUCGACUCGAGCCCGAGGACCAUCUACCUCGGGGACCCCGCCGACGAGCAGACCGCCACCUACCCGAUCGCCCUGAGGUACGGCCUCGGCGAGGGCGCCGUUGCUGCCCUGAAGGAUAUAGUGGGCGCGGACGCCAAGUUCAUUGCAAUGUUCCGCGAUCCUGUGCCGUGGGCGAUGUCCAACGGCGUCCAGGACGUGCUCAACGAGGAGGAGUUGCAGAACAUUCAGGUCAACCGGUCGAACCUGGGCUUCAGCAAGAACUUCCUCAGGGGGCAGACUCUGACCCACGGCUUCUUCGCCAAGCGCGCCUGCUACGCCAACGGCCUCGAGCCAUGGCUCAAGGUGUUCCCGAGGAAGCAAUUCCUGUUCCUCACUAGCGAGGACUUCUUUGCCGACCCCCAGGCCACCUACGACCAGGUCACCGACUUCCUCGGCGUGAAGCGGGCGCCCUACCCCGAGAAGCUGAAGAACGGCGGCUCUGGCCGCAGGCGGAACAACAGGAAGCACCACGACGGCGUCCACGAGCAGUACCACAGCCUGCCGUGGGUGAAGACUUGCCGCAGAAGACUGGAGGACCUCACCGGCCUCAAGUUCAAGUGGAACGACUACGAGUGAUACCGCGCCUGUGCCUGGACACCCCUGCGGGUGCAGUGCCGAGAAAGCGCGGGAACAGGGG